UGUCGCAACUUGCUUGCGCGCUCACAUACCUUACCAUUACCCUGGUCUAUUACGAUACGCACCUACCUACCUCACUUCCUAUCCUCCUAUCGCAUUACAUCUCAUCAAAAUGGCUACCGACUACAGCAAGAAGACCAACGCCGAAUUAAUCGAGAUCCUCAAGUCGCGCAAUCUCCCCCAUACGGGCAAGAAAGCAGAGAUGGUCGCUCGGCUACAGGAGAACGAUAACAGUGCUGCCCCGUCUGAGGAGAAGCCUGCUGCUGCCGCUGCUACGAAGGGUAGUGGCGAUAACAACACAGACGAUGUCAUUGACUGGGAAGACGAUGAGGUCCCUGCUGGUGAGGCGGCUGCUAAGGCGUCGACUGCGACGGGCGCGGCGGCCAUCGCGGCCGGUGGAAAAGGCGAGGUAGAGAAUCCUGUCAAGGUCCCGAAUCAGAAGUUGGAUGAGGAGGCGAAUCCCGCGACGGCGAAUGAUUUGAAAGUGGAACAACCUGGUGAUGCUGCGCAGCAGCAGGCGAAGGAAGAAGAGGGUGCUGUUGCUGCUGCCGCAGCUGGCGCUACCGAGAAGGAGGGAGAGGAGGAGAAGAAGCCGGCAGUUACUUACUCCGCUGGGUUGCCGAUUACGGAGAUGGAGGAGGAAUUGAAGAAGAGAAAGGCUCGCGCGGAGAAGUUCGGUGUCACGGAGGAGUCCAAGGCUGCGAUUGAGGCGGCGGAGAAACAGCUUGAGCGGGCGAAGCGGUUCGGUACUGCGGCUCCGGCUCCUGGGGAAGUUGGUGUGAAAAAGUUGGAUGAGGCGUUGCCGGAGAAGGAGGAGAAGUCACGCAAGAGAGGUCGCGGUGAUGAGCAGAGCGGUGGUGGUGGUCGCGGCGGGAAGAAGAGGGAUCUUGGAGGGAGGAACAGAUUCCGCGGCAGAGGAGGACACGGUGGGAACCGUAACCAGGGUCAAGGUCGUCCUCAGAAGCAACAGAAUGGUGGUGGUGCUACUGCUGCUGCUGGGGCCAAGACCACUAAUUGGAGUGAAAAGGACGUCCAGGCCAUGGAAGCUCGGAAGAAGAGGUUCGGAGCUGCUGCUUAGACCCAGAGGAGGGUCGCAAUGUGAUAUUCCGGUUCAUAUUUCUGCUAUCUCUUCUUCUUUCUUUACAGGUUACUGGCGUUUUAGGGGAAUUCAAGCUUUGGUCUGAAAAUAUGCUGUUGUGUACAUGUUGCGAACUGGAGUCGCGGUUGACGGUGUGAGGGAUAAUGUGAUAACUUGGCCUGGGUGCCACUAAGAAGUGCCGGACCUGGUCGAUCGGGUCGGCCAUUGUGUAACUGGCAAAUACGAUUCGGUU